AUGUCAUCCUCUUGCGCGAACCUUGUAUCCACAUCAGUGGAUUCGUUCGCUGACCCGUCGGCAUCGGACGCUGGCCCGAUAACCAAGCGGAGACGCAUCAAUUUCGCCUGCAACUACUGCCGGAACCGCAAGACACGCUGCGACGAGCAGAAGCCGUCAUGUAGAGCAUGCAUCGCAGCUGGGAUUGACUGCGUCACUACCGAUCGACGGCGUCCCGGAAUUGAGGUACAACGGCGCGAGACUAAACGCCGCACGUCUCGGGCAUCCACCUCAUCUCUUCCGUCAUCCACACCGGGCGCCGCGGCCGGGGCGUACGCGUCUCCGCAGUCUACGAGAGAAACCGAAAUUUGCGGUAGCUCGGUGGAUACGGCCACUCAAUGCCUCAAGAGCUCUCCAUCAGCUGCAGACCGCACACAUGACGACACUGUAAAGCAGUCAACGGUACCGAGAAGUUCGACGUCCGCUCCGACAGUCGCCCAAGAAGAGGAACCUUCAAGUCACGGCAAUGGAAAGUUUCAAGGGAAGUUACCCGUAGUUCGACCAAGCCGUGGCAGCACAUCCGUGGAGAUACUGGGUGACUGGCUUGACCUCGCCGCACGCCGGUUGAAUCUUCAACACAGGAGAGGUCUGCCGCCUCGCGUGAACAAUCCUUCCGCAAACCACCGCAUACGGGCACUCCUCUCUUCUGAAAUCUGCCCUUUUCCUCCAGCUGGGCCUGCACGUCUGUUAGCGGCCAGGUUCUUUGACGGCCUCAAUGUCCUCUUUCCUCUGCUCAACCAUGACAGGUUCCAGCGAGACCUCGAUUUGGCGUUGGAUCUAACACCAAUUGACUUUGCUGAAGCAAGGGGGGUCGCCGUCUUGGUCCAGAUGUACAUGGUUUGGAGCAUUGGGUUUGCAGCGGGACCACUUUUCCAAACCACUGUAGAGCCGAAGAAAUAUCUCGACUACUGCAAAACGUUGCUCGGAUAUCUGAUCACGAUUAACGAUGUCGAUCAUGUGCGAGCAACUGUGCUACUAGCGGCGUGUAUGAUUUGUUACGACGAUUGCGCCGGGGCCUGGAAUACACUCAGUAUCGGGGUCUCGAUGGCUACGGCGCUGCGCUUGCAGAAACCACGUACUUGUGUCCGGAAAUGUCAGAACCGAAAACCAGAUGCGCUUAACGACGAAGAGCGCCGCAUAUUCUGGUUAGGAAUUUACGCGUUUGAGAAGCUUUUGGCGUUCGAGAUGGGUCGUCUAUCGACCAUUGAUGAUGAUGACUGUUACCCUCCCUACGUACAAGAAUCCGCAGCACUCACAGAAUCGGGAGCAUCAUCGAAAGAAAAAGCAUUCGCGGUUACAGUCGAUCUAGCGAGGAUUCUCAGUGAGAUUGGCCGAAAGUCAGUCAUCGUCAGUAGGAAGGAGGAUGGCGUAACGGGGUCGGCGCUCCAGGCUGUCAUUACUGAAAAGGUAGAGACGACCGGAGAGGCUCAAUUGCUGCUCACUAGAUGGGGCGAAUCUGUGCCUGACGAAUUACGGCCAACUUCAGACAUCCUAAUCGGCUCCAGAAUCUGUCCAUACGCUUCUUUCAUAUCUGUUCACUACAAUAGCGCUCUUGUCAUCCUAUCCCGCAACAGUCUCCUCAUUAGCGAGGAGGCGAUAUACUCUGGUGCUAACAUAAUUGCAAAAGGGAAGCCGUGGGAUUACAUCGUUCGGAACGGGCAGUCGAUAGCUGCUAACGCAGCCCGGAAGAUACUCCGAAUACUUGUGGAAACACUGGACUCCCAGUCUAAUGCUGUCUUUCCAAGUCUGUUGGCUGCACUCAAUGCUUUUGUGACACUGGCAGUGCACAUCGUAACCCAUCCCGAGUCCCGCAUUUCGACGAUGGACUUUCAUGUGAGCAAUACUACCCUUAUUAAAACAGCUUCGGAAUCAAUGCAAGAAGUGUACUCGCAGCUUCGUAGCGACGACAUGUUCGAUAGUCUAUUGCAAAAAGUUGAUGGGAUCCUGCAACAAGCCACCCCGGCUCCUAGUCGGUUAGCUGCGCAACCCCUCCAAGAAGCAUUACCAAACAGAGCAGAAAAUCAAGACAGUUCCUUGCCAAUCCAAAGGCAUGAUCUGAAUCAAACACCAACUACCUGGGCUGGGCCUCAAUCUGCCCAGAUAAAGGACGCAAGCGCUGCGUCUGUAGUGUCGGCAGCGACGCCUCUUUUUAACCAAAACUACUUUUUGCCUGGCGAAGGCGAAUUUGGCUACGAUCAAAUGGGUUCUGGGAUAACCAUGCCUGGGGAUGAAUGGUCUCCUAGUGUGUCUGAUGGGGUGGGGUGGGAUUGGGCCUGCUUUUCGCAGCUUAUGACCAACCAAUUCUAG